UAAAUGCAAAAAAAAAAAAUCACAGCAUUCUGCAGAUUCAGCGCGCAUGUCGGAAAAUGUGACACGAAGCUUUCCUGAAGCGGUUGAUCAACUGCUGUAAAACUAAAUGCGAUGCUCGCAUAACGUGUUUGUACCUAGCAUACGCAACGUGUAUUCUCAUUCAUGUGUUUGUUUAUGCACCGCACAGGUCGCACCUUUAAUGACACGCAAUGUUUGUGCUUAUGCACUACGCCGAUCAUAAGCUAUGCCAAAAAGCAAACGGAAGUCCAUGCGAACGUACACUGUAUAAGGGCGACGCGUUGACGUCCAAGGGCGGAAGGAAACGUUGGAUAUAUUUUUUUGUCGAGGAAAUAAUGGCGAGAAGAUGUGUAUGCAGAAAGAAGUACGACUCGAAAGACAGUGGUAAGUUUGACUAAGCAGUUUAUUUCUCGCGUCGAUGGCCCAAUGGAAACUGGCGCGCUCAUGCGCACGUGCUCUCGAGCACUCGCGCACAUGUUCUACGCGGCGUGACGCAUGCGUCACUCGUCUCAGAGAGCUGCACCAGAAAAGAGCACGAGAAAAGUGUGGGUGCGAUAGUGGCCUGUUGCGCUGGAAGACCGUGCUUCGCUGUCGCCAUCGGACGCUAAAUUCUUUUGAAGACAACGUCUUCCACAGGUCGGCACCUUCGACGCGCUGCUGAGCGAACAACAGAGAAAAGUUUGGAUCAAACCUACUGGAACACGCGGACGGAACAGCGAGCUUGUGGAUUCACUGAGUAGCGUAGCGCCACCUUCAGCGAACGUUGGAAAACAGAGCUAAUCGCAUCAAAUCUAUCCGGCGCCUCUUGUGACGCUCAUUUUGAAAGCCUGACUUGACUCACUGUGAUGGGCCUCAUUUCUCAACAAUAGCGGACUCCCGCUGACACUAUACGGAGACAGCAUGCCUCCAUUUGCGAUAGAGGCAUUCCUCGGCCUUAUCAAAGCGUUGAUGGCCACUUAUGACGUCGUGACAUUACCAGUCUACAUCAUAUUCCAGAAGCCGUGGGUCUGCUGGAUUCGGAAGCGCGCUUGCUUCGCCAAACCAAUGAUAGAAGGUGACCCGACGUCGCCAUACAAACGCGUAAAAAGUUCAGAGUUGGAAAUCCUCGAAGGCGUUGAAACCCUGGACGAGCUGAGCCGCAAGGUCAUUCAGGUGUACUCUCGCCGGCCGGCCAUUGGAACUCGACCUGUAUUAAGCUGCACCGAAAAGAAGCAAUCCUGCGGCAAGGUCUUCAAGCAGCUCACCCUGGGCGACUACGAAUGGCUCACUUACGAAGAGGUAGACCGCAAGAUCGGCCUGACGGCUCACGGCCUCCUGUCAAUAGGCGUGAGGCCUCGCCAGUGCUUGGCCAUCUUGGCUGAGACUCGCGUCGAAUGGUUUAUAACGGCGCAGGCUUGUUUCCGUACCAACGUCCCACUUGUUACUCUGUACGCGACGCUUAGCAACGAGGGGAUAGUGAGCGCCAUCAACGAGACCGAAGUGACGCACUUGGUCACGUCCGAGGAUCUUCUGCCCCGCGUGUUGAACAUCGUGGGAAGGACACCGUCGCUGACUCACGUCGUGUACAUGGAGAACGCUCAGUCCAAGUCUUCAUUGCCGUCAGCUCAAGGCCUGAAGGUUAUUCCAUUCCAAAGCCUCGAAACGCUGCAAACAGACUGUGACACAGAGCAAAGCCCACCUGCCCGGGACGACGUUGCCAUCAUCAUGUACACUAGCGGCUCUACAGGCGCUCCAAAGGGAGUCAUGGCCACGCACAGGAACCUUAUGGCCACAGUGAAAGCCUUCGGCAUCCUCUGCAAGAACUUCGGGGUUGGAACAACCGAAGACUCCUACAUUGCCUACCUGCCUCUAGCCCACGUACUCGAGAUCUCUGCCGAGACAGCUAUGUUCAGCGUUGGUUCCCGAAUAGGGUACUCUUCUCCGCUCACCCUCACCGACAAGUCCCCAGCGAUUGCCCCGGGUUGCCAUGGUGACUCGACCCUUCUUAAGCCAACAACGGUGACUUGCGUGCCUCUCGUAGCAGACCGAAUACGCAAGGCGAUUACCGAAGCUAUCGCUACCAAGGGGCCCUUCUUCAGUGCCUUCUUCGACUACGCGGUCAAAUAUAAAAACUUCUGGCUGGAGCAAGGUUUCGACACUCCUAUACUUAACAGUUUACUCUUCAACAAGACUCGCCUCGCGCUGGGAGGAAAAUCAAGGUUCGUCGUGAGUGGGUCAGCGCCGCUGUCCAGCCAAACGCACAGGUUCAUGCGAGCCUGCUUGGGCUGCCACGUCGUCGAGGGAUACGGCCUCACCGAGACUACCUCCGCAGCCACCGUCAUGGAACCCGGAGAAACGAGUACUGGUCGCGUCGGAGCGCCCCUUUCGGGUUGCUACGUUCGUCUGGUCGACUGGAAUGAAGGCCGCUACAGCACGUCGGACAAGCCGAAUCCACGUGGUGAGAUCGUCGUGGGAGGUGACUGCGUCGCCAAAGGCUAUUUCAAGAACGAAGAACUGACGAGAGAGUUGUUCCGAGAGGAAAGUGGAAUCCGCUGGUUCUACACGGGAGACAUCGGCGAGAUCUUCCCCAACGGCACGCUCAGGAUCAUCGACCGCAAGAAGGACCUCGUCAAACUUCAACAUGGCGAAUACGUUGCGCUCGCCCGCGUUGAAUCCGUGCUCAAGGCCUGCCCGCUCGUAGACAAUGCGCUUGUGUACGGGAGUUCCCUGCAUACGUAUGUUGUGGCUCUCGUAACGCCGAACUACGACAAACUCCGUGGGUUGGCUCGCCGUCUUGGCAAACAAGACUUCGCAACUCUUAAAUUUUUGUGCGAGGACGUCGACGUGUGCAAGGCAGCCGAGGAGUCCAUCCUAAAGUACGCCAGGUCGAGCGACUUGCACAAGACUGAAGUGCCACUCAAGGUAAAAGUGUGCGCCGAGGAGUGGAUGCCCGAUUCGGGACUAGUGACGCCUACGCUCAAAGUUUGCAGAAAGCCACUGCAAAGAUUCUACCAGAGUGACAUUGACGCGAUGUACAAGACGGGAGAGGAGAGUAAACUGCGCCACGUCUGAAAAGUCGCAAAAAUAUGUGACAGAAACAAUUUCAGAUCAGGUUAAGUGAGUAAUGGUGUCGAAACUUUAAUUUUAAUUGUUUUCCUUUUUUUAUCUGGCACGAAAAUGAAGACUCUAGGUCCUUAAUGUAAUUGGGUUAGGCAAUAGGCGAAGCGGUCCUUUAGUGGUAAUCAUUCCCUCCACGCAAACGUAAUUCUAAAGGCCCGUGGAGUGGUCAAGGUGCUCGCGCUGUAAAUAGUGAGAUUUUGCUGUACAAUCUUUAGUUCUCAUAGCAGAUCCUUUGUCUCAUUUUGUUGCGCUUAAAGGUCAGCCAGCCCGUAAUCUAGAAGUGCAGGAUGGACGUUUGUUUCCCGGUGUUGUGUGUGUUGAAGAAUUUCCCGGUGUUGCAUGUGUACGUGGGUGCUUCGUUGCUGAUUGCAGAUCUUGCGUCCGGAACACACUCAGCGUCGCUGUUGUGUGAGGAACGCGAGGUUAAUACGAGACGCUUGACUAAUGUCUGCGUACCCCAGCCACUUAGCGCUGACAGAACGGGAAAAGUUAGAGCGCAGAAGCUGGCAAACGGAGAGCGCAAGUGCGAAAAAUAAUCACGCAUCACAAUUUAAAGAUAGAGGAACGGCGUCACGCGAAGCAAACCCAGUGCGUAUUGCUUCCAGUGCAAUGAAGUAGCCUCCAGUAAUCUUUUCGUUACUAAGAAUUAAUUAGGUAAUUGUAAUUAAUUAUCUAACUCGAGAAGUACUGUCCUAAUUAUCAAAGUGUGAGUGAAAAAAUUGCAGAGCAACAUAAAAAAAACUCCCGAUACAGCUUUCUGUUGCUCAAUACGUGCUACAUAAAUGUGUUUUUCGAGCGUGAAAGGAGCCCGCGAAUACACGCAGAAUUGAUGCGCGACUGGUCCCUCGAUCCACUUUGCGUGUAUUCGCGGGCUCCUUUCACGCUCCGAAAAACACAUUUAUUUAGCACGUAUUGAGCAACAGAAAGCUGUAUCGAGAGUUUUUCCAGUUGCUAUACAAUUUUCUCAUUGACACUUUGAUAAUUAGGACAGUACUUAUCGAGUUAGAUAAUUACAAUUACCUAAUUAAAUCUCAGUAACGAAAAAAUUACUGGCGUCUACUCCACUGCUCUGGAAACAAUACGCACUAGUUUUUCUUCGCGUAAUGCCGUUCCUCUUAUUUAAAAUCGUGCUGCGUGAUAGCUGGGACACCCUGUAUAAAAGGCUCGCAAAACCACUCGCUUUGAACUCCAUAGAGCAGUAGACUGAGAAAGAGCCUUAAAAUAAUCUGUCCGUGGCGAAAGGAGGCAGAUUCAGCCGGCGAAGAGGACUGCUGGCACUGAUGAACACUAAAAUUUACAUACGUUAGAUGCAAGACAGUGGUAUACUUCAGUGUCAGGUUAUCUGCAGUGAUGUACUCACUUCGUUGGACUCCCGCAAUGUGUGAAAAAAAAGAAGAAAAAAUAGAACGAAGCCUAUUAGAGAAGACAUCGGAAAUAUCUUGAGAUCAUACAGCACACAAUAAUUUUGUUUAGUGAUGAAGUAAGGCAGAAGUACUAAAAAGUACUAGAAACAUCAGAGCGACUGCCCAAGUGUUUCUUUGUUGCCCCCCACACAGCUGGUUCGACAGAACGUUGCAACAGAUGGGAUAAAGCAAACGGGAUGACAGUGAACCAGUCGUGGCUAGUAAGCUGUCUUAAAUAAGCUGGUCUUUCGAAAGGCAAACUUAAUCGUAAAUAAAAA